UCCCCGCCCUCCCGGCUCGGUGUCGCGACUGGGUGGGUGUCGCGGCCCGGGGAGAGCGGCCAGGAGCCCCGUGAGUGGCUGGGUUGGGUUAGGUUGGUUGGGUUGGUUUGUUGGCUCCUCCGCCCGCCCGCUGAGGAUGCGGCGGUGCCUGCAGGCCCGGCGAGGCCUGAGCCCGCCCGUCUGCCGGCCCAGCGGGCGUUGGGCCGGGCCCUGAGGCACCCGGGCCGGGGGGGGGGGGAAGGGGGAGAAACUGGAGCGCUGAGGAGCCGGCCAGCCCCGGAGCUGCCCCCGGGCUGAGGAUGGGGAUCCUCUUCACCAGGAUCUGGAGGCUGUUCAACCAUCAGGAGCACAAAGUGAUCAUUGUUGGUCUGGAUAAUGCAGGAAAAACAACCAUUCUUUAUCAAUUCUCCAUGAACGAAGUGGUGCACACGUCGCCCACCAUCGGGAGCAACGUGGAGGAGAUCGUGGUGAACAACACCCGCUUCCUGAUGUGGGAUAUCGGGGGGCAGGAGUCCCUUCGCUCCUCCUGGAACACCUACUAUACAAACACUGAGUUUGUGAUAGUUGUUGUGGACAGCACAGACAGAGAGCGAAUUUCUGUGACUAAAGAAGAACUCUAUAAAAUGUUAGCACAUGAGGACUUAAAGAAAGCAGGUUUGCUGAUAUUUGCUAACAAGCAAGAUGUUAAAGAGUGCAUGACAGUAGCUGAAAUAUCUCAGUUUCUGAAACUGACUUCAAUUAAGGAUCACCAGUGGCACAUCCAGGCCUGCUGUGCCCUCACUGGAGAGGGGCUGUGCCAAGGACUUGAAUGGAUGAUGUCAAGACUUAAGAUCAGAUGAUUUUUAAUGACCUCUUUGCACAGACAUUGCUUGAGAAGAGCAGUACCCACGAUGACCUUCACAGUGGCAGGAUUGAUGGGUUGGGUGUAUUUAUACGGAACUGAUUUCAACUUUUAUUUUCUACAUAGAUGCACACACACAUACUUGUAUAUAAAUUAAGACUGUUCAGCAAAAAGAAAGAUGCAGCUGAGUCUCCAGUUUGGUUUCCUGUUUGUUUUCCUCCGAGGAUGCAUGUGAAAGCUGUGAUCAAUUUUCUUUUCAAGAUACAGCCACUCAGAACAGUCCAAUGUUGAGCGUGGUGAAGAUGAAGUGAGAGGAAGGAGCUUUUAAUUUUGAGUUUUAUUAUUCCAUUGUAGUCCUCUCUUGUUGAAGAUGUUGGCUUCAUUAUUCCAGUAAAUUAGCAAACAAGUGGAUGGCAUAGAUACCAACUUUCCAGUAUUUUUAAGGUUACCGGUGUUACCAAUGCAAAAAUAUUUUCCUGUAUGUGUACUGUACAUAUUUAUGUAUAUUUAUACCUCAAUUUUAGGUUAAUUGCAAUCUGUUCAGACCAGUGUGUCAAGCUGAAUCAGUAUCUUGACAGCAGUACUAAUACCUGACAUGGCCAACAUGUCACGACUUCUUUUCCUCUGUUAUCUGUAUGGCUGUGGGGCGCACCAGACAGGUGGCUCACCACGACUUGAUAAAGCAGACUCUCUCUUCA